GACAAACACACAGACAGAGAGAGGAAACACUGAGUUUAUAUGUUUAAUUAAAUAUAAAGUGAUAAUAAUAACCAUGUUGGGGAUGAAUGAGACCGACUUCUACCUGCCUCUGUCUGAGUACAGCUUCGAGCGUCGGUUUGACGAGAGAGGAGCGAUAGAGUGGAUGCAAGCUAACUGGAGUAAGUCGUUUGUGUUCAGCGCUCUGUAUGCCGCCCUGGUGUUCGCAGGUCAGCACUUCAUGAAGCCUCGACCCAAAAUGAACCUGCGGCGGCCGCUCGUCCUCUGGUCGCUCAGCCUCGCUCUCUUCAGUAUCAUCGGUGCGAUCCGGACCGGUUCCUACAUGUUUCACAUCCUGAGCAGCAGCGGCUUCAGACAGUCCAUCUGUAACCAGAGCUUCUACAACGGACCAGUCAGCAAGUUCUGGGCCUACGCCUUCGUCCUGAGCAAAGCUCCAGAGCUCGGCGACACAGCGUUCGUGGUGCUGAGGAAGCAGAAGCUGCUCUUCCUGCACUGGUACCACCACAUCACCGUGCUGCUGUACUCCUGGUACUCCUACAAAGACAUGGUGGCCGGCGGCGGCUGGUUCAUGACCAUGAACUACGGCGUGCACGCGCUCAUGUACAGCUACUACGCGGCGCGCGCCGCCGGCUUGCGCGUGCCCCGGCCGUUCGCCGUGUUCAUCACCAGCGCUCAGAUCGGGCAGAUGGGGAUGGGGCUGACGGUGAGCUGGCUGGUGUACCGCUGGAUGCAGCACGGAGACUGCCCCUCACGCCUCGACAACAUCAUCUGGGCCGCCCUCAUGUACCUCAGCUACCUGCUGCUCUUCUCCAACUUCUUCUACCAGACGUACCUGCGCCGCCACAGCGACGCCAAGACCAGCAAGGCCGAGUAGAGACCAGGGGCAUUUUGGGAGAUCUGACCGACUGGACUUGAGUCGUACUGAAGCCGCUAACGUUUAAAAAUUUUAAUCUUUUUCAUGUCAGAAGAAUCUGAAAUCAGCGUUUUUCCCAUCGAACAUCUGCAGGAUGGAAAAUUCUCUGAAUCAGCAGGGAGCUGUAGAUCUACACGCCGUUUGAUUCAUCACAUCUGCAGACUGCAAGCCGUUUGUUUCAUCACAUCUGCAGACCGCACGGCGUUUGAUUCAUCACAUCUGCAGACUGCACGGCGUUUGAUUCAUC